AUGACUGCAGCCAAGCAUGAUGUUUCAGUUUGGAAAACACUGGUGCCAUCAUUGUGUUCUGCAGUGUCCACCAAGACUACUGGUUCAAGUGGGACUUCACUCACACCGUCACCAUCUGGUGGGGAGCCAAGCAGCAGUGAGCCCAGUACACCAGCACAGACUCCACUUGCCGCUCCAAUCAUCCCUACACCAGCUGGACUGCCCUCACCUCUGGCACCUCCCCUGCUCUCCCCCAGGGAAGAGGAGACUCUCCGAACCCAGGUGAAGGAUCUUGAAGAGAAACUAGAGACUUUGAAAAUGAAGAGAAAUGAGGAUCGAGCCAAACUAAAAGAGCUGGAGAAGUUCAAGAUACAGUUUGAGCAACUGCAGGAAUGGAAACAGAAGAUGCAGGAGCAGCAGAAUGAACUUCAGCGGCAGCUCAAAGAGGCCAAAAAGGAAGCAAAAGAUGCUCUCGAAGCUAGAGACCGCUAUAUGGAGGAGAUGGCUGACACAGCUGAUGCCAUUGAGAUGGCCACUCUAGACAAAGAGAUGGCAGAGGAGCGAGCAGAAUCUCUCCAACAGGAGGUUGACAGCUUGAAGGAGAAAAUUGAGGAGUUGACAAUGGACCUGGAGAUCCUGAAGCAUGAGAUUGAAGAGAAAGGGACUGAUGGAGCUGCCUCCAGUUACCAGGUCAAGCAGCUCGAGGAGCAGAAUGCCCGACUGAAGGAAGCUCUUGUCAGAAUGCGGGACCUGUCCGCCUCAGAAAAGCAGGAGCAUGGCAAGCUACAGAAAGUGAUGGAGAAAAAGUGCAGUGAGCUGGAGAGCCUGAGACAGCAGCGGGAGAAACUGCUGGAGGAAAUGAAACAGGCCGAAAAGACCAUUGAUGAGCUGAAGGAGCAGGUGAGAGCCUAG